AUGAUACGUUCCCUGGGGUUCCGGGUUGUGGCUCCGUGUGAGGCUGAGGCGAGCUGCGCUGCUCUGGUUAAGGCUGGGAAGGUCCUACUAAGGCACCUCACUGCCAGCGAAGCCAAAAAGCUUCCUAUCCAGGAGUUCCUGUUCAGUCGCCUUCUGCAGGACAUUAAUCUGACCCAUGAGCAGUUCAUAGACCUGUGCAUACUGCUGGGCUGUGACUACUGUGGUACUAUCAAGGGAAUCAGGCCCAAGAGAGCCAUUGACUUGAUCAGACAACACGGCUCCAUCGAGGAGAUUCUGGAGAACAUCGACCCGUCUAAGCACCCUGCCCCAGAGGACUGGCUGUAUAAGGAAGCCAGAGGGCUGUUCCUGCAGCCUGACGUGGUGGACUGCUCCACCGUAGACCUCAAGUGGAGCGAGCCUAACGAGGAUGCCCUCAUCCAGUUCAUGUGUGCAGAGAAACAGUUCAGUGAGGACCGCAUCAAGAACGGCUGUAAGAAGAUUCUGAAGAGCCGACAGGGCAGCACACAGGGACGACUGGACACCUUCUUCACCAUCACCGGGUCUCUGUCAUCAAAACGCAAGGAACCUGAGACAAAGGGAUCCAACAAGAAGAAACAGAAGACCGGUGCAACCCCAGGCAAAUUUAAGAAGGGAAAAUAGACUACAAACAGGAAGUGAAGCAAGUAUAGCAGAAGUUGGUGCAGGAGUGUAUGAAUCACUUAGCUACAAUUACUUACUACAAUUAUAGUGCGUCUGAUCAAGUCUGUUUUUCAUGUUGAACUAGGCAAGUUUUAUGAAUGUUUAUUCUUUUGAAUAAAAUAUUUUUAAAAAAUAA